AACUUUCUCGACAGACAAGGUUCUUACAUGAUGAGUCGGAGUCCUCGCCGCUUGCAUUACGAUUCAAUACUCCAUACCUUCGCGAAUGCGUUGCCAUCGAACCGCACCUCGACGACUCCCUGUCAAUCAAGGUCGGGAAGAGAUAAGAUGGUCGAGGGGUGGUCACAUCAUACCUACUAUCCGAUAUAUCCGAUAUCCGACACCAAGUCCGAUAAAUCUACAGUAUAAGACCCCUCCGCCUUGUCAUAAUGGGUUAGAGGGUGGUCGUCAAAUGGCCCGCAGAUGUCGAGUCUUGCAGGUUGUGAGUGGCUGGUUUCCCCUCCCCCAUAUUCUUCUCAAAGAGGGGUCAAUGCAAUCGACAACGGGAGGGCCCGUCGCGAGGUGCAGUCUGCUACCCAUCAUCACGGUGGCCAACACCAUCCCCGAGCCGUCGUGGAAUCCUGUCUGCAGCCGUCUGGCUCAGACACCAUCCGUUUUGAAUGGUGCGCGGAAGGCACAAGGUGCUGCCGCACAUUGCCACAGCCUUUUUCUCGUUACUCUGCAACACACAAUUAGCUGUCCGCUUCUUCUUCUUUCUCCCUCAUCCCCGCAUUCUGCACAUCAGUGACACCACCCGCUAGAGGUCUGGCGUCGUAUUCUUCUCCUUGGCGCGCUGCAGACUGCAAAAGUUCAACAAUUUUUAUGCGAGGUAUUUGACGCGGGAUGGCGUAUUAUCAAGAUCGUCGGUCCGACAAAAAAACAAGUCCCCUCCCUUGGCUAUAUCGCCAGAAGG